AUGAACUUCGGACUCAGCGGCAUCGACGAGCUGGACGGGCUGGACAAUGCCCUCAUCGAAGAGAUCGAAAAGGACACCAAGGGACCAGGCGCGUGGGACAACAAGAGAAAAUUUGACGUUUACGAUGAGUACGAAUUGUUGUUAAAUAAAAAAAAAAAAAAAAAAAAAAACGAGCAACUGGAAAGGAACACAAUUAUACCACCCAAGGGAAACCUUCAGCACACCACUCUGCAAAACUCAAUCACAGGAUCGCCAUUUAAUCGAGAAUUCCACAACCAUUACAUUUUCAAUGAUUACCACUUCCUCAGAGAGUAUGUCUAUAAAAACAAUCUAACCAGUGACGAUAUAUUUUUUAAGCCCGAACAAGUGGAAUCUAGAUCUAGGAGUGAAGGUGCCAAAUUGGCUAGUAGCAAUGAAGACAUCGAUGAGUUUCUCAAAAUUUACGACUGCAAUGAUAUUUACCCCCCUGUGUAUGUGAAGAAGUUGGCUUCUGAGGGGAAACAGCAGGAAAGCGGCGUAAGCGAUGGGAGCGGUGUAAGCCCAACGAAGAGCUCCUUCCUGAGACGAGACAGCGAGGCGUUCAGAAAAACGCUGGAGAAGGUUUUACAGGAAAUUAAAGAGGAGGACCAGCAUCGGAAGGAGAGGACAGAAAAUAAUGAACCAACUGAGUGGGGGAAAGUCUUCCAAGAUGAGGGCAAAACGGAAAAGAAGGAAAAUCCCAAACCGGGGAAGAACGUGAAGACGGAAAAGUCCGUCAAUUUUGUAGAGAAAUACAGGGCAAAAUAUUUCUCGGAGCUUCUCACAGAUGAGGCCAUCAACAGGGAAGUCCUCCUGUGGAUGAAGCAGUGGAGCGAGCGAAUAGGAAAGAAGGGGCCAACAAACAUGACCUUCACACAGGGAAAUGAUAAAAAAGAGGAAGAGGAGGCCAAAAAAAACAGUGAAUUUCAACGAAUCUUACUUCUAGGUGGGCCAGCAGGAAAGGGGAAAACCACUCUAGCAUACGUUAUCGCGAAUCACUUUAAAUUCAAUGUCAUUGAGAUCAAUGGAAGUGAUGACAGGAAUAAGGAAACGUUAAUCCCACUAGUCGAAUCGAUCGUGUGUAAUAACUCCAUAGGGUCUAAGCCAAACAUAUGCAUCAUCGAUGAGAUUGACGGUUUGACCAACACGCAGCAAAAUAUAGAAGCGAUUUUGAAGUUCCUGAUGAAGAAGGACAAGAGAAAUAGGAGCAUCAUCAGGAGACCAAUCAUUUGCAUAUGCAAUGAUAUAUAUCACAAGAGUCUGAAGGAACUCCGAAAGAUAAGUAAAGUCGUCGUAGUAGACAGUGUGAACUACGAAAUGUUGAAGGGGCGAAUCAAUUUUAUCUGCGACCGGGAGGGCAUCAGCAUGGGAAACGAGACGGUCAGCAAGUUGGUAGAGAUCUGCAAGGGGGACAUUCGGGCUAUUCUAAACACGAUCUGUUUUCUUAGCAUCGGGGGGGGGAGCGGCGGUUUGAGAGGCGUGAGUGGCGGUGCUAUUGGCCAUGCCAGUGGAGGAUCAUCUUCUGUGGGUCCCCCCGCGAACGGCCCUCCCCGGGCACACAAGCAGACGGGCAAGGUACUCAUCAGCAUGGACCUACUAAACGCGUACCUCUUCUACAAAGACGCAAAUAACAACUACAUGGAGAUGCUAAACAUGAUUUAUGUGAAGAAUAAAAACAAAAAAAUAAUAAAACAUUUGUUACAGGAGUGUCACCAAUUCUUCCAUCUUAACUUGUCUAACGAAUAUAACUACCUCCAAUCAUAUUACUACGUCUAUGACAAUUUGCUGAAUAUCCCUUUCAACGACUUCGAUUUUUGUAAGCUGAGUUAUUGUCUGGAUUUCCUCUCUUUCUGUGAUACCUUGGAAUAUAGGCAGAAGCAAAUUCUGAGUUACUCCCUCCAGAAGACCUUAUUUUACGCUGUCUAUCUCUUCAUCCUUAUCAUUCACCUCAACAUCAAUUCACACGUCCACUACAUUCUCAUGCAUAACAGUCACACGCACUUUAGCCUAUCGAGACAACUGAGCGUGAAGCAGAUCAAGGAAAACUUCCUAAAUGAUAGCUUCGGGGCCAUCACGUACAAGUAUAUAUAUUCUAGACAUUUCUUCUUUGAGACUCUGAAUUAUAUUUUUUCCUUCUUCUAUAUGAAUGAGUUUUUUUAUAGAAACGUGCACCUGUGGGGAACAUCUAACUACUUCAGCGAUUUGGAUGCCCCAAAGUACCUCCUCGUCCCCUACCACUUCAACAACGUCAAUAAGUUAAAAUUGUUUUGUUUGAAGCUGCUUCACCUGAUGACACUUUUUAACAUUUCAUUCACCCAUGUGUCUGUGUCUUCCUCCUCGGUGGGCCCCUUUCACUUUGGCGCGCCCAGGGGGAAUCAGCCCCUUCGGGGGGGAGCGUGGGGCAGUAACGAUGUCGGUAACACUGGCGGUGGGAAGGAUCGCGGUGGGAACGAUUGGCGCGGUAACGAUCGGCGCGGUAACGAUCGGCGCGGUAACGAUGUCCGCGAUAACGAUCAUGGCGGGGGCUGGGGCGAGGCCGACAAGCUGUCCAUGCCCGACAAGGUAUACGUGUCCGACCCGUAUGUGGACGACCUCCUUCUGUACGCGGAGAAGAAGGAAACGGGAUACAGGCAGUUUCAUCAGCAGAUGAACAACCCCCCGACGGCCACCUGCCAGACUAACACCUUUCAUUUCCACACCCUGGAGAGUUUCCUCACCAACACCGUCUGCGAAAAGUUAAAUCAAUUGAAGAAAUGGAUCAACAAUCAGUCCGUUUACCAUCACGACAAGAAGAAACAACCGAAUCAGAUGCAGAUUAUUAAGGCUUCCUUCUCCAAGGCAAACAGAGCAAACUUCCAAGUGAACUACACGCACAACUUUGAGAAGUCUCUAACGGAGAUGAUCUUAAUUGCACACGAGAAGGGGUACCAGAAGGCUUUGUCUAUUUAUUUCCCAAAUGAGCUAGCUGAAGAUGGCCAGGGUUCUACCUCCGGAAGGGCAGACGUAACAGCGGCUUCAGCGGCUUCGACCGGUUUGACCGGUUUGACCGUUUCACCCGGGGCGAACCUCAAAAAUGAGCAGAACAUUCUCAAGACCAAGAUCUUACAGAACACAGGCGAUGCUGCUCUCACCAUCGCCGACCUCGUCACAGAAGAAAGGAGCUACAUGGACCGGACCAUCAACAAGGACAGGAAGAUUUACUUCACCGGCAAGUACAUAAAGACCAAGGGGUACUACAAGAACAUCGAGGAGCGCUGCAAUGCGGUUCUGCAGCCCCUGCACUUUUGCGUCUUGCACGGGAGCUAG